GCCCCCAGCGCGAGCCGCGCCGCGCACGCGCAGCGGAGUGUGCGGCGGCAGCAGGAGGAGGCCGGCGGCGCCGCCAUGGCGGACGGCGAGGGUCUGGUCUCUGUGGAUUACGAGGUGUCCGGCAAGGUGCAGGGCGUUUUCUUCCGCAAGUACACCCAGGGGGAGGCUAAGAGACUAGGGCUUGUUGGUUGGGUCCAAAAUACUAGCCACGGCACCGUGCAAGGGCAAAUUCAGGGUCCAACUGCCAGGGUACGGGAGCUGCAGGAAUGGCUCAGGAAGAUUGGCAGUCCCCAGUCUCGCAUCAGCCGAGCCGAGUUCAGCAAUGAGAAGAAGAUCACAGCGCUGGAGCACAAGGACUUCCAGAUUUUGAAGUAACUUUGUCCAGGAAGAAGCAAAAGCUGGAGCAUGAGCUGCCCUCACAGAACAUUUCCCCUCUUCCCCGUUCAUUGUCAGCCGAUAUUCAGCUGUAGAGAACUUUAUUUUAUUAUGUUUCUAAUUUAUUGGUUUGUUGUACUGUUAGUCUAACUCUCAGUUGUUCACAAAAUGUCGGCAGGUAGAGGAAGAUAUGUGCUAUCUUUACUAAAGGGGCUGUUGAGGGACACAGCCUCUAUUUCCGAACGUCUGUGCAGAAUGGGGUUUGAGUGCAUGAGUAAAAUAUGUAACUUGUAUAGCAUUGCGCUUGCAUGCAGGAAAUCACAGAAUCCAUGUCGAUACUAAAUAUUGCUAAAAACAUUAUUUCUGUACUCUAAAUGCCUCAGAAACAAUUUAUUUUGUUCCAGAACUUUAUUUUUUCUUCAGAAUAAAAUUGCUUGGAGCUUC